AUGAUCCGCCGCCUCGCUCUCUGUAUAUUAUUGUGUGCCCUGGUCGGGUUGAGCCAAGCGAACGCUUGCCGUGAGGAUUCGGACUGUCCGGACAACUGGACGUGUCUCAUGGAAACAUGCUAUGAAUUUGACCUAAGAGCCCCUUCCGGCGGAAAAGGCGGCCGAGGGGCGAAUGGUCGGCAUGGAGCGCCGCAAGGAUUUGGCUGCAAGUCGGAUUCGGACUCCUUCUUUCUCGGUCUUCUGCUGCUGGCUGUCGUCGUUUCAGGCCAAAAACGCCGCUGGUGCAACUCGUCGCGUGACUGCCCAGAGGGAUUCGACUGCUUCCGGAAUAAGUGCUCUGAUUGGGAUAUCGGCAAGCGCCAUCGCGGUCAGCCAGAAUGCAAGAUUGAGGAAGACUGCGAGCGCGGGCAACACUAUGUUCAACAUUUUUUCUCAAAAAAUGUUGGCCACCUAUUUAUUCUGCGCGCUGAUUCUUGGGCUGGCGAUGGAGGGUCACUGCCUGCCGGGGAAACGAGAGAGGCGCCGUCUGGAGGGCCAGCUGGAGGCUGGGUCUGUACCAAGAACACGGACUGUGAUGGGCAAUUCUGUAUCGACGGUCGCUGCACCGGAAAUCAGGCUCGAGCUCCGAUAAAUCCAUGCGGCUGCUCCGCGGGACAAGGGUGCUACAAUGGAGUGUGCUUCGGCAUGGGACAUCGCGUUGGCGGAAACGUACGCCCGCGAACGCUCCAGAAGCGACAGAUGGGUGAUAUGAACUAUCUGCCAGGACCAUAU